AUGCAGGACGGUAUGGAAGUCACUAACAUCAAGCAGGCGUGCGAACAGUUUGUUCGUGGCCUGCGGCCUGCCGUGAGAGAGAACGAAGCACAAGCUCUGGCCAGACUUUUGAACAAAACAUUCAACUUUUGCACCCAUCACAACGUCCAGCUCUGCAAACGCUACAUCUUGAAAUACAUUGUUGGCUCUCCAACCCGGACAGCAGCGCUAUUCGAGUACUUGAUUUCCAUGAGCAAAUUGUUCACACCGCGGCCAACAGACUGGAAACUUUCCGCUCCGAGCUCAUUGAAUGAAGAUGAAGGUCUGGGAUAUGUCAAAGACGGUGGCAUCAUGCAGCAGCCACCGCUAUCGGCAGCGAAAAGGCUGCACAUCGUCUACCUCUUGCACGACAUUCUUGCCACGCUCCAUCAUUGGUCGUCGCAAGAGAGAAUUCCACUUCACCUCGAAGCUGCUGAAGUUUCCACCAUUCUCUCGGAUGGUCGAAAAGUAUUACGAAAGUUGUUCGAACUUGCUGCAUGCUCCGGACUGCACAGAGACGACCAGCCUCAGCUACAAGCGCUUCUCAAGCUCAUUGCACAAUGGCGGACGAUUGGCCUCUUCCCGUCCGAGGAGAUUGACGGGAUGACUGCCAUGGCCAAUGCGGUUAACACCCGUCCAUUUGCUGAAAUUCUCAAAGGUGUCAAGCUAGUGGAAGAACAAGAAGUAGCAGACCGGAAACGUGCAGAACAGGAAGCACAUCGCUGGGUACUCCCCGAUCGCCACGGCGUGAAAGACGAUCCUGGCGCGCCUUGGCAUGAAUUGCCAGCAGCGAAUGGAUUGCACCUCAAGAACACGCGAGGCUUUCCUUUGCGCGCGGGUGGCUUACCCAGAGGCGGCUUCAAACUUCGUGGCGGAGGUCUUGAGGCAGAUAAGGACUUGCAGAAGGAUGUGACUUGGCUAUACACGGAAAUGCUGCAUGCUUUUGACGACUACACGGAUCCCGAAGCUGUGCUGGACAUCGACCCGAUGGGUAACAAGGUCUGGAAGGACCCAGAGCGACCUACAAGAAACUACUAUGGAUACACGUAUGAUGCGCUUCAAAAGGCCGAGGCUAACAGGGAGAGGUUCAUGGAGAAGGCCAUUGGAUAUGCCGGUGUGCCUUUUAUUGAGGGCGGAGGAGUGGGCGAUGUCAAUACUGCUAUUGAGCGUGCACGUGCUUUGGCAUCUAAUCGAGGCGGCUUCAAUGAUCGAGGCGGCUUCAACGAUCGAGGCGGAUACGGUGAUCGUGGCGGAUACAGUGAUCGAGGUGGAUACGGUGAUAGAGGUGGAUACAGUGGCCGCGGCGCAUACAGCGAUGGGCGUGGUCGUGGCGGCAGAGGCGGCGGUGGAUGGCACAAUGGUCGCGGAGGUCCAGGAGGCGAUCGAGGCGGUGCGUAUCGGGGCGAUGGAUAUAGAGGAGGUCGUGGUGGCGGUCCACCAGGAGGUCGGUCGUUCUACUAG